CUCCCUCGGGUCCUCGGCCAGCUCCCGCGGGUCCUCGGCCAGCUCCCGCGGGUCCUCGGCCAGCUCCCGCGGGUCCUCGGCCAGCUCCCGCGGGUCCUCGGCCAGCUCCCGCGGGUCCUCGGCCAGCUCCCGCGGGUCCUCGGCCAGCUCCUGCGGGUCCUCGGCCAGCUCCCGCGGGCCCUCGGCCAGCUCCUGAGGAUCCAGCUGAAGACAGACCAGAAGGGAAGAAGAAGAAGGGUGUCCAUGCCCGCUUUAAGAAAGGAUGGAAGGCUAUGAAGCACUCCUGCGCCCGAAACAACAAAGUGGUGCCUUUACCUACACAGCCUGACCUGGAUCCAUCAGAUCCUCAGCCAGCUCCUGUGGGUCCUCGGCCAGCUCCUGCGGGUCCUCGGCCAGCUCCUGCGGGUCCUCGGCCAGCUCCUGCGGGUCCUCGGCCAGCUCCUGCGGGUCCUCGGCCAGCUCCUGCGGGUCCUCGGCCAGCUCCUGCGGGUCCGCUGCCAGCUCCUGCGGGUCUUCGGCCAGCUCCUGCCGGUCCUCGGCCAGCUCCUGGCAGUCCUCGGCCAGCUCCUGCGGGUCCUCGGCCAUCUCCUGAGGAUCCAGCUGAAGACAGACCAGAAGGGAAGAAGAAGAAGGGUGUCCGUGCCCGCUUUAAGAAAGGAUGGAAGGCUAUGAAGCACUCCUGCGCCCGAAACAACAAAGUGGUGUCUUUACCUACACAAUCUGACCUGGAUCCAUCAGAUCAUCAGCCAGCUCCUGAAGAUCUUCAGCCAGCUCCUGUAGAUCCUCACCCAGCUCCUGUAGAUCCUCAGACAGCUCCUGUAGAUCCUCAGACAGCUCCUGUAGAUCCUCAGACAGCUCCUGUAGAUCCUCAGACAGCUCCUGUAGAUCCUCAGCCAGCUCCUGUAGAUCCUCAGCCAGCUCCUGUAGAUCCUCAGCCAGCUCCUGUAGAUCCUCAGCCAGCUCCUGUAGAUCCUCAGCCAGCUCCUCUAGAUCCUCAGCCAGCUCCUGAAGAUCCUCAGCCAGCUCCUGAAGAUCCAGCUGAGGACCGACCAGAAGGGAAGAAGAAGAAGGGUGUCCGUGCCUGCUUUAAGAAAGGAUGGCAGGCUAUGAAGCACUCCUGCGCCCGAAACAACAAAGUGGUGGCUUUAGCUACACAGCCUAACCUGGAUCCAUCAGAUCAUCAACCAGCUCCUGUAGAUCCUCAGCCAGCUCAUGUAGAUCCUCAGCCAGCUCCUGUACAUCCUCAGCCAGCUCCUGUACAUCCUCAGCCAGCUCCUGUACAUCCUCAGCCAGCUCCUGUACAUCCUCAGCCAGCUCCUGUACAUCCUCAGCCAGCUCCUGUACAUCCUCAGCCAGCUCCUGUACAUCCUCAGCCAGCUCCUGUACAUCCUCAGCCAGCUCCUGUACAUCCUCAGCCAGCUCCUGUACAUCCUCAGCCAGCUCCUGAAGAUCCAGCUGAGGACAGACCAGAAGGGAAGAAGAAGAAGAAGGGUGUCCGUGCCCGCUUUAAGAAACGAUGGCAGGCUAUGAAGCAGUCCUGCGCCCAAAACAACAAAGUGGUGGCUUUACCUACAAAGCCUGACCUGUAUCCAUCAGAUCCUCAGACAGCUCAUGAAGAUCCUCAGACAGCUCCUGAAGAUCCUCAGACAGCUCCUGAAGAUCCUCAGACAGCUCCUGAAGAUCCUCAGCAAGCUCCUGUAGAUCCUCAGCAAGCUCCUGUAGAUCCUCAGCAAGCUCCUGAAGGUCCUCAGCCAGCUCCUGAAGGUCCUCUGCCAGCUCCUGAAGGUCCUCAGCCAGCUCCUGAAGGUCCUCAGCCAGCUCCUGAAGGUCCUCUGCCAGCUCCUGAAGAUCCAGCUGAAGACAGAUCGGAAGGGAAGAAGAAGAAGGGUGUCCGUGCCCGCUUUAAGAAUGGAUGGCAGGCUAUGAAGCAGUCCUGCGCCCGAAACAACAAAGUGGUGGCUUGACCUACAAAGCCUGACCUGGAUCCAUCAGAUCAUCAGCCAGGUCCCGAAGAUCCUCAGCCAGCUCCCGUAGAUCCUCAGCCAGCUCCCUUAGAUCCUCAGCCAGCUCCCGUAGAUCCUCAGCCUAAAGAUCGUGAAGCUUAUAACCCACAGAGCUUUGAUUUUACUGAACUAAUAGAGGAAUUCUAUCGUAGUUUAUCUGAUUAUGAUCCAUAUGUUCAGAGAUUGCUCAAACUUUUUCGACCAUAUUCGCCUCCCCAAUUUCCCGCUCCAUGGCGUUCUGGGCAAUUGUUUCUUUAUGAAUUUGAUAAAUUUGAAGCGUUUUCAGCCCUUUAUGAGGUGGGAAAGAACUGUUUAGGAAAAGGACAUGGCGGCAUUGUGUAUCAGGGGACUCGCAAGUCCGAUGGCCUGAAGGUCGCCAUCAAAUUUAUGUCCAAGUCACCCGGCACGGAAAGAUUUAUUCAUGUUCCUGGAGAUUUAGAGCCACUCUCGUCUCAGAAGUGGCUCUAAAUCUGAUGCUACAGAGACCAGAGAGAUGCCCCAACAUUGUGGCUCUGUUGGACUGGUUUGAAGAGGACAUCAUCUACAUCCUCGUUCUAGAAUAUCCAUAUCCCAGUUUAUGCAUGAGAGAUUUCCUUGACGUUGAACGUCUGUCUGAA